CUCGCUUCCAUUUGCAUAUAUAAUAUGAGCGGGACCUUUGAUUCGAACCUUUCAACCGAAAAAACUGAGAGAUUAUCUUUUUGAAAGGAGGGUUAAAAAUUGGCUUCACCGGACUCGGAGUUUACACUCUGUUUUUGAAAUUUGUUCUGUUUUGUCUUGGUUGGUUCGACUUCUUCUCCGGCGAAUUCCUUGAAGAAUCACUGUCAGUUUCUGAGACUGGUUUCACUGUGAAGGGGGAUUAUGGAAUUUCUGCCAUUGGAGGUAAUUUCUUCUCGGAAUUGUUGAGUUGGUGGUUCUUAGUCGGAGGACUAAAGGGUCGAUCUGAUUUGGGGAUUUCUCCUUAAUCCCACAAAAGGGCAAGUCUCCGUAUGAAAUCAAUGAGCUUUACGGAGCUCAGUUUCUGCUAAUUGUUGUCUUUCCCAUCAGUUUUCUCGGUGGAAUGCUAUGGGUUUCGCCAAAGAGAAUUGAUUGUUUCUCCAUUUCAGCAAACGGGGUUCACAUUUGGAAUUUUGAAGGCCCAGUGGAUGGCGAUUUAGUCUGCAAAAUAAAUUUGGAACCCUAGAAAGUUCCACAAUGCAGGGUGCAUCUGGCUCCACGGCCCAGCCGGAGGCCAUUCUCGAAUGGCUUCAGAAGGAAAUGGGGUAUAGGCCACUAGGUUCAUAUAGCGCCUCGAGCAAAUCGCAGUUGCCUUCAAUCGAUGCCUUCCGCAAGGUUUGUCGCGGAAAUAUGAUACCCAUUUGGAAUUUUUUGAUUAAUCGAGUGAAAUCGGAGAAGACGGUGGAGAAUAUUAGGAGGAACAUAAUGGUCCAUGGUGGUGGUGGUGGAGGGGGCGAGAGCAGUAGCGGUGGAUCAGCUAAUUCAGGGAAAGAAGAGGGCAGGAUAAAAGGCAGGAGGAAGGAUAAAGUGGCUGCAGAGAGCACAAGUAUGGUAGAGACUCGAGAAGCGGCAUUGCAGGAAAGGGAAUUGGCGGAAAAGGAAGUGGAGAGAUUGAGGAAUGCUGUUAAAAGACAACGGAAGGAUUUGAAGGCCAGAAUGUUGGAAGUAUCUAGGGAGGAGGCCGAGCGAAAAAGAAUGCUUGAUGAGCGAGCAAAUUACAGGCACAAACAGGUGAUGUUGGAAGCUUAUGACCAACAAUGUGAUGAAGCAGAAAAAAUAUUUGAAGAAUACCACAAACGUCUACGGUUUUAUGUGAUUCAAGCAAGAGAGGCUCAAAGGUCUAGUGCAGACUCUUCCAUUGAAGUGAUUAAUAACUUUAAUGCAAAUAUUGAGAGGGAAGCUGUUUACUCAACUGUUAAAGGCAGUAAAUCAGCAGAUGAUAUGAUUCUUAUCGAGACUACUCGGGAGAGAAAUAUCAGGAAGGCUUGUGAAUCUCUUGCAGCUCUCAUGAUUGAAAAGAUACGAUCUUCUUUUCCUGCCUAUGAAGGCUGUGGUAUUCAUUUUAAUUCACAGUUGGAAGCAUCCAAAUUAGGUAUUGAUUUUGAUGGGGAAAUACCUGAUGAGGUUAGAACUAUUAUUGUUAAUUGCUUGAAGCAUCCUCCCCAACUGCUUCAGGCAAUUACAAUGUACACUCUACGGCUUAAAACUCUAGUUUCUAGAGAGGUGGAAAAGUUUGAUGUCAGAGCUGAUGCAGAAACCUUGAGGUACAAGUAUGAGAACAAUAGAGUUACAGAUGUUUCAUCCUCUGAUGUCAACUCACCCCUUCACUAUGAACUGUAUGGUAAUGGCAAGAUAGGAGUUGACGUACCUUCUAAAGGAACUCAGAAUCAACUUCUUGAAAGACAGAAAGCACAUGUUCAACAAUUUUUGGCCACUGAAGAUGCUCUGAACAAAGCUGCAGAAGCUAGGGACAUUUGUCAAAAACUUUUAAACCGAUUACAUGGCAGUGAUGAUGUAAUUUCUUCUCAUUCCCUUAGUGUUGGGGGGCCAUCACAAAAUGUCGGUGGUCUUAGACAAUUUGAGUUGGAAGUUUGGGCCAAAGAGAGAGAACUUUCUGGCUUGAGGGCCAGCUUGAAUACACUUAUGUCAGAAAUACAACGCUUGAAUAAGUUGUGUGCAGAAAGGAAAGAAGCUGAAGAUUCAUUGAGAAAGAAAUGGAAGAAGAUAGAGGAGUUCGAUGCGCGCAGAUCUGAACUUGAAACCGUAUAUACUGCCCUUCUAAAGGCUAAUACCGAUGCUGCUACAUUCUGGAAUCAGCAGCCUUUAGCUGCAAGAGAGUAUGCUUCAAGCACCAUCAUCCCUGCAUGUGUCAUUGUCUCUGAUAUUUCAAAUAAUGCAAAAGAGCUUAUUGAUAAAGAAGUUUCAGCCUUUUAUAGAAGUCCUGAUAAUACUCUUUUCAUGCUUCCGUCAACUCCACAGGCACUGUUAGAAUUCAUGGGUGUAAAUGCAUCGUUAGGACCCGAUGCCAUUGCUGCUGCAGAGAAGAAUGCUGCAAUGUUGACUGCAAAAGCUGGUGCCAGGGAUCCAUCAGCGAUACCUUCUAUAUGUCGUGUUUCUGCCGCCCUUCAAUAUCCAGCUGGUUUGGAGGGCUCCGAUGCUAGUUUGGCAUCGGUUUUGGAAUCUCUGGAAUUCUGCUUGAAACUUCGAGGUUCUGAGGCUAGUGUGUUGGAGGACUUGGCUAAAGCAAUCAAUUUGGUCCAUAUAAGGCAGGAUCUUGUCGAAAGCGGUCACGCAUUGCUGAAACAUGCCCACCGAGCUCAGACCGAUUACGAAAGGACGACAAAAUAUUGCCUAAAUUUGGCCACGGAGCAAGAGAAAUCUGUCGCAGAGAAGUGGUUGCCUGAACUAAGAACUGCAGUCUUGAGCGCUCAGAAGAGCUUGGAAGAUUGCAAAUAUGUCAGGGGAUUGCUUGAUGAGUGGUGGGAACAACCAGCAUCAACUGUUGUUGAUUGGGUCACUGUUGAUGGGCAAAAUGUUGCUGCUUGGCAUAAUCAUGUUAAACAACUUCUUGCCUUUUAUGACAAGGAGCUCUUGUAGCAGAAAAAAGCAUUGAAUUGAAAUCUUGAUGCAAUUGAGGCAUAAUUGGUCUGCUCGCGCCCCGUGUUUGCUUGUAUUUCUUUGUACCACUCACAUGUUAAACUUCAUAACCACGUAAACUGCGAGCAGGACGUCUGGAAAUGUCGAUGGGAAAUCUUGUGUGAUUUUAGUAGAGGAAUGGUGGAGGCCGCUGGGGUGAAGAGUGCAAUGGCCAAUAUCUCUACGCGUUUCAUCAUUGACGUACAGCUAGAACUCCCUUCUCCCUCCCUCUCAUUAUAGAAUCUGUAAGUCAUGUUUCUUCCAAUAUUACAUCUCACGAGUGACGAGCAGCUGAGUAUGGCUUGAUUUUUCGCUGCCCGUGUCGUUUUCCCCAUUGUUUUAGUCCCUUAUUUUGUAUCUAAGGUAGUGUGAUUUUCAUCAUAGCAAUUAUGGUUGUAAUUCUACUCUUAUUGUGUGAUUAAUGGUCAUAUUUUAGAGCUGGUUGGAAGUAUGAAGUCUUUCCAGUUUUUAACAUGUUUGUCUUUUAGAGUCACUAUUUGUGUAACACUGACUUCCAAGUAUAAACUCCUCCAGAUCAUCCCCUUCAGCAAAGAAAUCUGAUUACUUUUGAAAUCUUUUGAUGUGUUUUUGGGAUGUGAUAACACGAUGCAGGAAGCGUGAGUUGUCGAUCAAA